AUUUCAAAGCUUAAUAGUGAAACUUCUCUCUUAAUAGGUUUCUUCCUCUUGAUCGAAUCUGUAACAGUGUAAUCUGCGUUAGCAGUUUUCUCAGUAAACAGCUACUUUUCGCGCAAUCAAGAGACUCACGCGCCAGUCACUCCAUAAACUCCCGACUUUUCAGCUACGUUGCUUUCAGCAAUUGAAUAACGGAUUCAUCGCAAUACCUUAUCCGACUCUUCCAUUUCUCUACCCCUUACUAAAAAGGCUGAUCAGCUGAUUAGUACAUCAAAGAUUCUGAUACUUCUUUACCGUUUCUUGGUGGACACUUGGGCUUUUGUUGAUUGAACACUGGUGUUUCUUUCUUGGUUUUAGCUAGCUAGCUGCUGAAGUUACUUUAUUGAAAAAAUGGACAUAACAAAGAUGGAUCGAGGCCAGAUUACUACUGUGGGAUCUGGGUUCUGCGUAUUGCUGACUGUCCAUUAUACUGUACAGCUCUUAUCACAGCACCUGUUUUACUGGAAAAAUCCGAAGGAACAAAAGGCCAUAAUCAUUAUUAUACUCAUGGCUCCUGUUUAUGCUGUCGAUUCAUUUGUGGGGCUGUUGGAUUUUCAAGGUAGCAAGGCAUUUUUCAUGUUCUUGGGCUCCAUUAAGGAGUGCUAUGAAGCUUUAGUGAUUGCAAAGUUUUUGGCUUUGAUGUAUAGCUAUUUGAAUAUAUCCAUUAGCAAGAAUAUAGUGCCGGAUGAAAUUAAAGGGAGGGAAAUUCACCAUUCUUUUCCUAUGACUCUUUUCCAGCCUCGCACUACUCGAUUGAACCAUCAAACAUUGAAGCUUCUCAAGUACUGGACAUGGCAGUUUGUCAUCAUUCGCCCUGUAUGCUCCCUCUUAAUGAUAACACUACAGCUUCUUGGCAUUUAUCCCAGAUGGGUCAGUUGGACAUUCUCCAUCAUUCUCAACAUGUCAUUCUUUUUAGCGAUGUAUUCGCUACUUGCCUUCUACCAUGUCUUUGCUAAAGAAUUGAAACCACACAAGCCACUUGCAAAGUUCAUUUGCAUCAAGGGGAUUGUUUUCUUCAGCUUUUGGCAGGGCAUGGUGCUUGAUAUCCUAGCUGCAGCGGGCAUCAUUAGAUCUCAGCAUUUCUGGUUAGAUGUGGAACACGUUGAGGAAGCUAUUCAGAAUCUAUUGAUCUGUGUGGAGAUGGUUGCCUUCUCUGUUAUUCAGCAGUAUGCAUACCAUGUUGCUCCUUAUACUGGAGAUGUGGAAGCUCUUUUGAAAUCACAAAAGAAGUACGAGUGAUGGGCUGUGGAUCCAAGAAUUUGUGAGAGAGCAUCUUGAGGAAGUGGUCUUUUAUGUAAUAGUGGAAUGUAGCAGCAAAAGUGGCAUUGAGUGCAGGAUCCAUUUAUGUAUGCGAAUCUUUUUUAUGUUCGAUUAUGUACAAGGGCACCAUAAUUGAGAAAAAAAUUCCAACGAA